AUGAAGAAAAAGGUAGACAAACGGAUUAAAACUCUCGUUGAGAAUAACAUAGCCAUAGGGCAAAGGAGUAUGUUUUUAGUUAUUGGAGAUGAAGGGAAAAAUGUUGUUAUGAAUUUUUAUUUUCUACUAAAUCGGCUAGUUACUAAUAGUAGGUCACUCAAUAUUUUAUGGUGCUAUAGAAAAAAGCUAGAUUUCUGUACAAGCAAGAAAAAAAGAUUCCGAGAGAUGAAAAAAAAAAUAAAAAAAGGAACAUUUGACACACAAAUAGAUAACAAUUUUGAUUCCUUUUUAAAUAAUGCAAAUAUAAGAUAUUGUUUUUAUAAAGAAACUCAAAACAUUUUAGGAAAAACAUAUUCAAUGUGUAUUCUUCAAGAUUUUUCAUAUAUAACUCCAAAUAUAUUAUGUAGAUGUAUUGAAACAGUAAUUGGAGGAGGUAUUAUAAUAUUUUUAAUAAAUAAAUUAGAAGAAUUAAAGGAUAUAUAUAAUUUAACAUUAAAUUAUCAUAAAAAAUAUAACAUGAACGGUACAUGUAAUGUUUAUAAUAAUUAUAUAUAUCGUUUUUUUCGAUCAUUAAAUACUUGUAAAAAUGCAAUGUUUAUUGAUGAUGAGAUGAAUAUAUUACCACUUAAUGAUAAUUAUUUAAGUAUUACAAAAACAUCAACUGAUGAUUCACAAACUAAUGGAAUAAUCUCUGGAAAAAAUACAGAUGAUACAGUAUUUGAAAAGUCUGCAACAUUAGGAGGUUUUUUAUCACCUGACAAAAAAUUAUUGAAAAAAAAAUUAAAAUUUUUAGAGACCAAAUGUGAAGAAUUUGAAAAAAAACAAGAAGAAAGAAAAAUAUCAUUAUAUUCAUCAAAAUUUUAUAAUAAUAAAGCAAGUGGAUCUAAUGAAAAAGUUAAACUACAUUCAGAAAUAAAUGGAACACAAGAUAUGGAAAAUAAUUUAAAUGAAUUAGAUAGUGAUGUACAAUAUUCAUUUCUUGAUAAAAAUAUAAUUAAACUUUUUAAAAUAUGUUUAAGUAUAGAUCAACUUGAAAUUUUAAUAAAUAUAUGUAAAAUAUUACGAAACGAUAAUGAGAAAAAAAAAAAUAUAAAAGAAAUAUUAUUUAAUUUAUUAGCAAAUAGAGGUCGAGGAAAAUCUGCUACUUUAGGCCUAAUUUUAUCUUUAAGUAUUUAUUUUAAUUAUAGUAAUAUUAUUACUUGUUCAGGUAAUAAUGAUAGUGUUCAUACGAUUUUUGAAUUUUUAGACAAAGGGCUAAAUAUAUUAGGAUAUAAUGAAUUUAAAGAUUAUGAAAAAAUAUAUGUUAAUGGAAAAAUAAAAGAAAUAAUUAUAUUUAAAAAUAUAAAAUAUUUAAAACAAAAAAUUAGAUAUCUAGAUAUAAUUGAAAAUGAUAAUAUACCAAACUGUGAGCUUAUGAUUAUAGAUGAAGCUGCAUGUAUACCUAUAGAUAUAUUAAAAAAUAAAAUAAAAGGAGAAAUUACUAUUUUGUCUACUACAUUAAAUGGAUAUGAAGGAACAGGAAAAACAUUUACUUUUAAAUUAUUAAAACAAUUAAAAAAAAAAUUUGUAACACAAUUAACAUAUGACGACUUUAAGCAAAUAAAAUAUUUAUAUUUUGAUAAAGCUUUUAUAGAUAUAACAUUAAAAAGUCCAAUUAGAUAUAGUUAUGAUGAUCAGGUUGAAAAUUGGUUAAAUAAUUUUUUAUGUUUAAAUUGUAAUGAAACAUUUAGUAUUAAAAAUAAUUUAUUAUCUUCUCCAUCAAAAUGUCAGCUAUUUUUUGUUAAUAAAAAUGUAUUUAAAAAUUAUAACCAAACUAGCGAAAAUCUUUUAAAAAAAAUUAUGACCCUGUUCAUAACUUCUCAUUACAAAAAUACACCAAAUGAUUUAAUUAUGAUAUUGGACUCACAACAACAUCAUUUAUUUGUACUUAUAAGUUCAUCAAUCGAUACAAAUACAUUAACUGUUAAUAAUAUUGAUCAGAUAGAUAUUUAUGGUGUUAUUCAUUGUUCUAUCGAUGGAAUAAUAGAUCAAUCAAAAAUAAAAAAGCUAAUUAAAAUCGAAGAUAUAUCUCAAAUGGUAAACGAAAAAAAAGAAAUAGCUGAUCAGGAUGAUAGUAAUGAAAGUACAAAACAAGAAGACAAUGAUGAAGAGGAGGUAAAAAUGAAUAACGAUAACUCUAACACAAUAAGUAAUCAUAUGCUAAAAAAUGAAGUUGAAGGAAAUUUAAUACCAUACAUAAUUAGUGAUUAUUUUAAUUAUUAUUUUUAUAACUAUAUAGGAAUUAGAAUAGUUCGAAUUUCUAUUCAUCCAUCUAUGCAAAACUUAAAUUACGGUUCAGAACUUUUAAAGAAAGUUUAUGAAUAUUAUAGCUUGUAUAACGAUCCAAAACGGGGCACUAUUAGUAAUAAAGAAAGUGCAAAAGAAAAUGUUGUAUUUUGUAAAUGCUCAGGUGAUCAAAUACAUUUUGAUAAUAAAUUAAAAAGGAUAGAUUAUAUUGGUACAUGUUUUGGAUUAACUAAAAAUUUAUUAAUUUUUUGGAAAAAAAAUAAUUAUAUUCCUGUUUAUUUAAAACAACAAAAAAAUGAAAUAACUGGAGAAUUUAGUGCAUUAAUGUUAAGACAUAUAAAUCCUAAACUUAAAAAUAUAUUUAUAACUUUUUAUUAUGACUUUGUCAGAACUUUUUGUAAUCUAUUACCUUACUCUUUUAAAAAAUUAGAAUCAUUCAUAAUAUAUAAUUUACUAAAUGAUAAUUACAAUUUAUUGUCUAACCCUCCUCAAGUUAGUCGAGUAAACUAUUUAAAACAGAUUAUCCAAAAUGAAGAUACAAAUAGUAACAUAAAUGAAAAAGAAAGUGAUAAUGAAUCUGAAGAAACUUUGGACCAUGAAGAGGAUGAUAUGAUUACUUCAUUUUAUAAUAAAAAAGAAAAAUUAAAUGAAGAAAACAUUUUUUAUUUUUUCCAUACUAAUGAUAUAUGUAGAUUAAAACGAUAUGUAUUAGAAAGUCGAAGUACACAAGAAUUGCUAUACUUAAUGGAAACAAUAGCUAAACUUAUUUUAUUUAAAAAAGUAAAAAUAGAUUUAAGCAUACUAGAAUAUACAAUUCUAUAUGCUGUUUCUUUUCAAAAAAAAACACUCACAGAAAUAUCCGACGAAAUCCAAAUUAACAUCAAUCAAACAAAUGCCAUCUUUAGGAAGGUGAUCCAUCGUUUCUACAAUUACAUAAAGGCGAUAAUGGAAAAGCAAAUCGAAAAAGAGGUUAAUGAAGAAUUUGAACAAAAAUUAAAAAAAAAAAAAAAACGGUCUGCAAAUUCUGAGCUCCCAUCAAAUGAGUAUGCAGAAGAAUUAGAACAUAUUUCUAAUAAUAUAAAAAAGAAACAAAAAAAAGAAAAAAUGGCGCUCAUUCAGGAGCUUAACUUAUCAGGGACCAUUAAAAGAAAGCAAAUAAGUAUAGAAGACAAUGAAUGA